GAAGAAUUUAUUCCCCCUAAUACUAUAGAAGAAUGAACAGGUCGAUGAGCGUCAAAAGAAUAGUUAACCAUUCGAUGAUUGGCGGCAGAUUCUUCAUUCUAAUUCUUUUAUUUGGUCAACCAUCAUGGGCCCUCUUGGCCUUUGAAGGCUCUUGUCCAAGCAAUAUGACAGCUGUAGCUGAUUUGGAUAUGGAUCGUUUACUUGGCAGAUGGUAUACACACUCAAUGUAUCCUAAUCUAUCACUAAAGGUACCGAAAUGUCAGUCAGUUGACUUUGUAAAAGUGGAUGAUAUAAUUGCUGUUAAAUCGACUCAGCUAGGCACUAAAACUGGAACUCUGAAGAUACGCGUAGACGAGAUUAAGAACGUUGAACCAGCCUUAGGAAAAUAUGAUUUGGUUGGCGGUGAUAAAAAGGCCUUUCCGGAUGGCAUCACAAUCUACGUACUGGAUACAGAUUAUGAAAACUUUAUCAUACGAUAUUUGUGCUUCGAUUCGAAUAACAUUAUAAAUUUUCAAUGGGCUGUUAUACAAACUCGACAUCGUUUGCCUUCGUCAGAGACAGUAUUCAAAGCUCAAGCUUUGGCCAGAGACUCGGGUAUUUUAAUAAGUAAAAUGAUUAAAAUACGACAAGAUGCUUGUCCUCCAGAUUCAUAAAAAAUGUUCCAUUUCGAAAAUGAAAAUGAAUUUGACUUUAAAUUAAAUAUAUUAGACAAGAA